AUGUUUGGCAUUGCUUCAUUCGCGUUUCCCCGUCUUGUGUCGGUCACUCUAACCUAUUCGCCUUCAGUGAAAGUCAAGUUGAACACAAUGGCCCAAGCAUUCGUUGGCAAAUGGAACUUGGUCGAGUCCGAGAACUUUGACGAGUACAUGAAGGCCGUCGGUGUUGGUCUCUUGACCCGUAAAAUGGCCGCCACCAUCAAGCCAUUGAUGGAGAUCAGUGUUGAGGGAGAUCACUGGAAGUUGCACAGCCAAUCCACCUUCAAGAACGUUAUGACCGAGUUCGAUUUGGGCAAGGAAUUCGACGAGACCACCGCAGAUGGACGUGUCAUGAAGGUAAGGCGGUUUUUCUUUGUGUUUUUGUUGGUUUAGGUAAUGGACAGAGUAAGGUUUUUGUUGUUAUAACCGUAUCGGAGCGAAAACUUAAAGAAGGCGAUAUUAUCUUUGCUUUAUGCUUAUACUAAGCUUUUUUUAGGCUUACAAGCCUAAAAUCACUUGGUCUAUAUUUAAAACAACUCAAUUUCAGAGCACCUUCACCUUCGAGAACGGCAAAUUGAUCCAAGUGCAGAAGAAGAUCAAGAGCGGCGACAAGGACAGUCGUUUCGUUCGCUACGUCGAAGGCGACAAGCUCAUCAUGGAGAUGGAAAGCGAAGGCGUCAAGGCCAAAAGAACCUAUCAACGUGCCGCCUAA